ACAUCCUUCGGGAGCUAAAAUACAAACGAAUGGCAUCUCCAGCAGCCAAAUUCAUCUUCUUCUUAUCUCUUCUCACCCGCCUGUUUCUGUUUGCCCCCUCUCUCUGCUUCCUCGCCGCCGCCGCCGACCCAGUUCCGGCCCCAUGGCCGCACCAAUUCCACUCAAUCCUUUUCAUGAACCGCAGCGGCAAGCUGGAGAUGAUCGACCUCUGGUACGACUGGCCCAAAGGACGCAACUUCAACAUCAUCCAGCACCAAUUGGGCAAGCUCACCUACGAUCUAGAGUGGAACAAUGGAACCUCCUUCAUCUACACGUUGGACCAGAAUCGAGAAUGUAAAGUCCUGAACUUCGAGGUGGGGAUUCUGAGGCCCAAUUGGCUCGACGGCGCCACCUAUCUCGGCCGGCGGUACGUGGACGGUUUCCUCUGUAAUCUGUGGGAGAAGGUCGAGUUCAUAUGGUACUACGAGGAUGUCGUUUCCAGAAGGCCGGUGUCUUGGGUCUUUCUUCAAUCAGGAGCAGCUGCACAUGUGAUGACAUUUGAGGUGGGAAGCGUGCUUGAAGAUCAGAAAUGGCAAGCCCCUCUCUACUGUUUCCAGAAGACCAAGAAAGAGAGUCUUCUCCUUGAGUCUGUGGCCAAUGUUGGCUCCCAUGGUGGUUUAAUCAGAGGGCCAAUAUAAUCUUAAAAACUGAUUAGUUUGCUGCUUCUUUUUCACUAAAAUAAAAGGGUAAGAAUGGAGUCUAAAAUAACUUUCUAUUAAAAUGUCACCAAAAUGUCUUGCAUUCGUAUUUUGUUCACUUGCUGGGAAUUGGGCGCUGUAUCAAAUGCAGCAAGAUCUUGGGCUUGACUGUUUUAGAAGACCCUGGAGUUAUCUUUGGAGACCUUGGAGCUUGGGCGUACCAUGCCAUGCAUUAGAGUUGCUAAUUGAGCCCAAUACAAGAUGUGCGUUGCUUACUCCCUGAAGAUUGAUUUUUGUUUCUUUUCAGGACUAUGUAUUCUUCACUAGUUGUUGGUCUGGAGGUUUAUUUCUUUUGGUAUUUGAUGAUGUCACUUGCGGUUGAUGCUGUAGUUUUUCCUUUUGCUCGGUAGUAGCUAGUUUUUGAUGGAACUUUCUUGAUAUGUUGUGUUCAUCAGUGGUUGCAUCCUCUGUUCAGCUGCUGUCGAGCUUU